AGUCAGUCUGGCUCCGACGCCGGGGCCCGAGCCCCACAGUGCUUGUCGCGCACCCUCGCGCGCGCGGCGGCGGGGCCUCCCGCGCCCAGAAGGGCCCCCGCGGCACCGAUGCAGCCGGCGCGUGACGCCGCGCCCGGGCUCUACGCGAGCGUCGACGGCGAGGACGCGGGCGCAGCGGCGGCGUCGGCGGCCGGGCGGCCGAAGGCCUGGACGGUGGCGGCGCUGAUCGCCGGCACCGCCGCCGUGGCCGGCACGGCCGCCUGGCUCGGGGCAGGCCGCGGCGGCCACGAGCUCCGGGUCGCCCCGCAGGCGGCGGCCCCGCUCGGGUUGCAGGAGGUGAGCGCCCCGGGCGGCACGCUCGUGCCGGGAGUCGAGUACAACCUCGACGGCGGCUGGUUCCAGUCCAUGGACCACAUCCCGACGGCGGUGCUGUGCCAGACGCUGUGCCAGGGCGAGCCCAAGUGCAACUACUUCACCUGGGUCGAGGACGCGGGCCUGGACGGGUGCCCCAGCCAGUGCUGGCUGAAGGGCGGGGAGCUCAAGUACGAGGCGCCGAAGGCGGGCGUGACCUCGGGCACGCCCGCGCCCCGCCGCACGCUCCCCGCCAUCGACGCGCCCGCCGGGGGCGCCACGCUGUACUGCUGGGUCCUCUCCGCCGCGCAGGGCGAGGAGCCGGCCAUGCUGGACUGGCAGGCCAAGAAGAAGGUGGGGCCCUUCCAGUGCGACAAGGCCCAGGUCUACAGCAACCAGGCCGUGGAGAUCGGCGGCAUGACCGCGGCGGUCAUAGACAGCGACAUGAAGUGCGAGUACGGAGGGGACUCGCAGUCCGCCCUGAACACCUGGAUCUUCAUCGCUGCAUGGGAGAAGGUCUUCCAGCUUGGCGACUACGCCCUGUACGAGUGGACGGUGAAAGUGGACGCCGAUGCAGUAUUCUUCCCGAACAGGCUCAAGUCCAUCCUGGCGAACCACGCUGGCGCGGCCUACCUGAGCAACUGCCAGUACGGGCUCCACGGGCCUAUCGAGGUGUUCUCCAAGGCCGCCCUGGACGCUCUGUCGGCUGACUACCAGAGGGCGUUCGACAAGAAGUCGCCCGCCACCUGCGUCAACGGGCUCGAGUUCGGGGAGUACGGGGAGGACAUGUUCAUAGACCAGUGCCUCGGCAAGGUCCUGGGCGUCGGCGCGCCCGCCCUCGAGCCGCUGCUGAUCUGCGAGGACCACUGCGACUGCCCGGAGUACUACGCGUGCCCGGCCAGCGACAGCUAUCGGGUGACGUUCCACCCCUUCAAGUCGGUCGGCGCCUACGAGAACUGCAUGGGCACCGCCCUCAACGGGCCGAUCGCCACCGCGGGGGCCGACGACGACGACGACGACGAGGCGGUGGUGGCCACCGACGACGGUGCGGCCUACAGCGACGCGGCGGCGGCGGCGUACGGAGAGGAGUGAGGCGACGGUGCUCGACCCGCCGAUCCCCCUCCCCCCUCCCCACCUCUGACAUGGGCGAGGGCUGGCGCGGGUGGCGCUCUCGAGAGCUGGUGUCGCGUCUACACACCUCUGCUGGCGCAUCAUAUCCUCCCUCCUCCUCCUCUGGCCACCUCAUCC